UAUGUUGCAGAAUGGAUGCGGAGGUCCGAGUUUUGCAUGAGGGGACACUUGAGAAAUGCACGCACGAACACGGGAAAAAGGAUUGGAAGCGGCGAUAUUUUGUAUUCAAGCACAUAUUGGCAAGUAACAUCAGAAGCUUGGAGUUCUAUGCUGUUGGUAACAGCAAGAACUGGCGGACUGCAGAACCUAAAGGAGUGUUAGCUCUUUAUCCCGGGUAUGAAAUCAUAAAAGUUCAAGAACCAAAGCGUCAUUUCGUCUUUGAAAUCAAAACAGUGGAUCAUACUUAUCGUCUGGCGGCUCAUUCUGAAGAUGAACUUAAUGAGUGGAUUCUUAUUUUGGAGAGAGAGAGUAUAGUCAAUUCAUUUUAUGUGGAUCCCGAAACCACAGACCAGAUGUUAAAGCUGGGAGCAACUGGUAAAUGUCACCUCCAUGUAGCAAACAGUGAGCUACGACUUCUCUGUGCUAAAGAUGGAAGAUUGCUGGUGGCAUGGCCUUUCACAUGUCUACGAAGAUACAUGAGUACACGGGGAAAGUUCACAAUUGAGGCUGGGCGAAGAGCUCCCACUGGAGAAGGAAAGUUUGCAUUUUUUACUCCUCAAUAUGAUGAAAUUUACAAGCUCUUGGACAAUGUUGUGAAGUCCAGGGCAGGCCAUAAACCUUCCCAUGAAACAAUGGAGAAGAAACAUUCUGUGCCAAUUGAUAGUGUAUCCACAAAUUGUAAAGAGACUCCAGACAAUAGUUAUGAGCAGCUGUCGUGUAUCCCUGUGACUACAUCAAGUAUGACAAAUUCAUUAAAAGACACAUAUGCUGCUCCCUAUGGGCAUCUGCCAUCACGUGAUAUGACAAGAACAGGCCUGCCGCAUGUUACUCAAGGUGCUUCUCAAGCUAUACCCACAGAGGAUGAUCAAUAUAACACACUAAGUCAACCAAUUCAUGGAUCUGAAGAACCAAGGAUCCAACAUGUCCAAAAACCUGUUGUUGCAAAUGAGUACAACACUCUUGAUCAGCACCUUGCUUUACCUCAUCAAGGACAGGAUAUGUAUAGUGUCCUUCAACAUAGUUCCAAUCCUCCAACAGGCUCACUUCAGAAAGAGACAGAAGAUGUUUACAAUGUGAUCGGAGAGACUUUGCACUCUGUGCCACAUGCUAGUGUUCAAGAAAAUAAAGAUGUGUACAACACCUUGUCUUCUCCCCAAAGAAAUGUUCUGCCACCAACCACAUCAGCUCCUGAGGAAACAUACAAUGCACUAGAUCAUGGUUCACCAGUAUUGCCUCCUCGCAAAGGAAACUUUAAUAGUCAAGCAUCUGUCAGAUCACCAAAAUCGGUUGUCAGGAAGCUUUUUGACUCAACACCAGAUGAAGUUGAUAAUAUGUACAACACCCUAAGUACACAAAGACAUCCUCCAAUUCCAGUAAGAAAAACAACCAAGCAGUCAGUGCUUCAGAAAUCCCAACCAAAAGAUGAAGAUGACGAAGUGUACAACACACUGGAUAGUGCCUCAAAAGUAAGACCACCAGCACCUCCUAGAAAGACAUCUGAACAGCUGAUGUAUGAAACUAACAUGUACAAUACAUUGGAUUUGUUUAGUGCAGGAAACUCUGCAUCCAGUAAAACACAACAAGGAAAUGAUGAAAUGUACAAUACACUCAAUGUAACAAGAGGGGGUACAUCUCCUAUUCCAAAUAGACCAAAAAGUUGGACUGCAUCGUCAGACAAAAGUGAUGAGAUGUAUAAUACACUGGGCAAUAAAACUGUGGCCUCUAGUUCCCCCAGGAAUGAUGAUGACAUGUACAGUACACUUGAUGAAACAAGAGGUAGACCUAGUCCAAGUGUGCCUGUUCCAACUCAGAGAUCAUUUCACCUUACCAAUAGUCCUGCCAAAAAAGAUACCUUGGAACUGAAAGGCAACUCUACUUCCUCCCAUCACUCAACACGUUGUCCCCUAGAUGUCUCAUCGUCACCAGCAAAGACUCCUCAAUUAACAUCUUCCUUGGAGGACCCUGACUCUUAUGCAAGCAUCAGUUAUUCAGCUCUGUUGUCCCAUAAAGGAACACAGAAAAAUCCUCCAAUUCCAGUGAAAAGAUUAAGUCCUUCCAAGGCUAGAAAAACCAGUGCCCCUGAUGUUUUGUCAUUUUCAGGACAGACUGGCAUGAAGGAUGUUAGGAAGCCAGGGAAAGGAAUUGUUUCAAAUUUGAAGGCUUCCCUGGAAGCAGGAGGCUUAGAUUUGACCAAACAACCAAGGAAACCCAAAAAGCUCUCCAGAGAAGGAAGUGAGGACUUGUCUCCUUGUGCAGAAUUUGCAGAGCAAAGAGGCAGCGAGGGCUUGGCAGAAAAUAUCGUUGUUUGUGGGAAUUUACCCAAUAAACCUGAAAGGUCACAAUCGUCACCGUCUGAUCAUGGAGAGGAUAUUUAUGAUGAAUUACAACAGACAGCUCAGGUCAGACCCAAGUCUUUACAAAUCACUAAAGCUAAAAAAAGUCCAAAGAAACAUUAAGUAUUGGUAGUUAUGUCAGUGUUCAGGCUCUCUUGCUAGAGCCGGAAGUAUUUCAUAACCAUUUGGACUAAGUCAGUAAUCUGUUGGAACUUGGGAGAUGCCUUGCACACCCAUUUUGUUAUCAGUGCUAAUGUUUCAUUUCUCACCAACUUAUUUUAAUAGAGAAAGACAUAAAUUUUGUUAUAAAUGUUUGCAAUGAUAGCUUGCUUUGAAGAGAACUGAAAAUGCUUUAAUUCACUCCCACUUCCACAUGAAAGCCACACCCUCCUAAGUGGGUGAUUAUUUAAAUAUUUUCAGUUGGAAUAGCUUCUCUAGAAUUCAUAUUUACUAAUCUUUUAGUAGUACAGUCGAAUCUCAAUUAUCUGGACCCCAAUUAUCCGCACUAUUUGAUUAUCUGGACUUUCUUCUCUGGUCCCAAUUUUUCCAUGAAUACUAAUUAGUUGUGAUCUUGAAAACUCAAAAGUUGCAAAAAGCCCAAUAAUCCUUUCAAAAGACUGUUGAAACAACGUAUUAUCCUAUGUGCUUUUCAAAAUUCGAAAGUGCGACGAGUCAAAGAAGUAUUCUGAUGUGCCAAGGGAAUUUCAUGCUUGAUUAGUUCCUUCUGCGUGGGUUAUGUAAACACACGAGUGAUCAAUUGUAAACUUAAAUAAAAAAAAUGCCUACGAAGCGAAAGCUUGCCGUUCUAUUGAUUAAAGAUAAGCAGAUAAUUAUUUCAAAUUUCUAUCUCAUUAAUAUUCAUAUUUUCAAUUAUCUGGACUCUUGAUUAUCCAGACUAUUUGCCAAGGUCCCAAUGAGUCCGGAUAAUCGAGGUUCGACUGUAGCCAACUUUGUAUGAAAUCCAAGGAAAUGUUAUUCUCAUUUCUAAUUUACCUCUACACUAAUGUCACAUUCAUGUAUUGUGCUGAAAAGGAGAUUUAGCAACUUUACAGGUCAAUAAUGAACAUGUAUGUGGCUUUCUGCAAAGACUGAUUGAAUACAGCAUAAGGUGAUCUUUCUGACUAAUUAGGCUCUUCAUUUACAAGUAGCCGGCCAACUAGAGGUAGUGUCUCUGACAUUUCAACAUCUCAGCAUUCAUUAGUGGCUAACUGAUGGGAUAGGGUACACAUUCCUGUUUCCAUUUCUUUGCUUGACACUCAUUCGAACACAUGACCAAGCAGAUGAAGCCCAAAUAUAUACUUUUGAAAUAAUUUCAGGUUAAAUCUCCAAAUGCUUCCAAGAAUGCAGAGAUUUGCUUGUAACUGAAUUGUAAAAGAAAUGGAAAAAUAUGUUUUCAUCUUUGUUUUUUUUAUUUUAUACAUUCAUUAUUUUAUAUUACUACAAUAUCAGAUUUAAAAUCAAAACUUUUAAAACAAAACAGCAGAUUAUCUAGGACACUUCAUUAGUUUAGUUCAAAGAUAUGUAGAAGUUCUGUAGAAGACAAUAUAAUUGGAUAAGUAAUAAAACUAUGAAAACUAU